AUGCCAGGAAUUACCCCACGCAACUCGCACUUCUCGUACUCAAUCCAGAUAACACCCACGCAGUCGCCGCCAGAAGUUCUGCUACCAGGCAACCACCUGCUUGCCCCGUGGGAGAAGGGGCUCGAAAUCUCGCGGGUAUUAGCGUAUUUCAUCGGCUCGCUGCUCUUCCUGCUCGGAUCGAUCUUCUUCUUCCCCGAGUACUCGGUUAUGUGGAACGGCAACGCUGGUCUCUUCGGUAGCUGGGACUUCGUGAUCGGAUGUAUCUGUUUCUUCACUGGCGCCAACCUCGACUUCAUCCAGACGAUACGCUACAACCACGGCACCCCGCUCCGUCAGGUGCUCCGGGCAUUCACAGCGUUGUUCAACUACAUGGCCACGUCAAUCUUCAUCUUGGGAGGGCUCUACUUUCUCCCGUCGUGGUAUCCGAAGGCACCGGAGCUUGGGUGUUGGGCCUUCAUCAUCGGCUGCAUCCUCUUUUGCAUCGCCGCCGUGAGCGACAUCCUCUUCAUCUGUAUGACUCACGAGGACCCGCGCGUGACAGGCUUCAGGAUCACGAAUUUAUUCUGUUGGGGAACGGUAGCGGCACUCGGAACGUUUGUCGGCGCGCUAUGCUUCAUCAUCGGCAGUUGGUUCUACCUGCCGAAAUACAUCAACCACGUGGACAAAGGCACAUACUACAUGAACUUGGCAAUCACGUUUUACGUUGUCGGUAGUGUGAGCUUCAUCAUCAAUAGUUGCGCGCUGGCACCCGAUGUCUACCGGGCUAUCAACGCGAGUCGGACUCACAAAAGCGAAAGUAAGUAA